AUGAUGAUGCUGCGUGAGUGCAGGAGGCUCAACGAGGGGCUACCAAUCUACGCAUACCGCAGAAAGAUUCUCAAUCACAUUUUCAAUAAUCAGGUUAUGAUCUUAAUUGGGGAAACUGGUUCUGGGAAAAGCACACAACUAGUUCAGUUUCUUGCUGACUCGGGUCUUUCUGGUAAUGAUUCAAUUGUCUGUACGCAACCUCGGAAAAUUGCUGCUUUAUCAUUGGCACACAGAGUAGAUGAAGAAAGCAAGGGCUGCUAUGCGGACAAUUUUGUGUCGUCAUAUUCAAGCUUUUGGAAUGAUCAAAAUUUCAGUUCGAAGAUUAUAUUUUGCACAGAUAGUUGUCUUUUAUAUCACUGUAUGAAUGAUGCGGACCUGAAUGGCAUUUCCUAUAUCAUUGUUGAUGAAGCUCAUGAAAGAAGCUUGAACACCGAUCUUCUCUUAGCUUUGAUCAAAAAGAAGCUGCUUGAUAGGUUGGAUUUGCGACUCAUUAUAAUGUCUGCCACUGCUGAUGCUAAUAGACUUGCUGAAUACUUUUAUGGCUGCCAAACAUUCCAUGUGAAAGGGAGAAAUUUUCCUGUUGAAAUUAAAUAUGUACCUGAUGUAUCAGUUGAUGCUUCUUUCAAUAUUGUGCCAAACUCUUUGCGUGGUCCUUGUGCUGCUGCUUCUUAUGUCAAUGAUGUUAUAAGGCAGGUAAGCAUCAUCCACAAGAAUGAAGAAGAGGGUGCCAUCCUUGCUUUCUUGACAUCCCAGCUAGAAGUUGAAUGGGCCUGUGAAAAUUUCACCGAUGCAAGUGCGGUGGUACUUCCUAUGCAUGGAAAGCUUUCCCCUGUGGAACAGAGUCGUGUUUUCAAAAGCUAUUCUGGAAUGAGAAAAAUUAUCUUCUGCACCAAUAUAGCUGAAACAUCACUUACUAUAAAAGAAGUGAAGUAUGUUGUUGAUUCUGGACUGGUCAAGGACAGCAGAUUUGUGCCUAGCAGUGGUCUUAAUGUUCUGAAAGUCAAUUGGAUUUCCCAAAGUUCAGCUAAUCAACGCGCUGGCCAGGCAGGUCGAACGGGAGUGGGGAAGUGUUAUAGGCUUUACUCCGAAGCCGACUUCAGUAUGAUGGAACUGCAUCAAGAACCUGAAAUCCAAAAAGUUCAUCUUGGCACUGCUGUUCUAAGAAUACUUGCUUUGGGUGUUAAAGAUGCACAGAAUUUUGAGUUUGUUGAUGCCCCAAAUCCAGAAGCGAUCAAUAUGGCUGUGAAGAACCUUGAACAGUUGGGUGCUGUCAAAUGUAAUUGUAAUUGCUAUGAGCUGACUGAUACUGGACGCCACUUGGUCAAAUUGGGAAUUCAGCCAAGGCUUGGAAAAAUUAUGCUUGAUUGCUUUGGUUUUGGUUUGAGGAAGGAAGGUGUAGUUUUAGCUGCUGUUAUGGCAAAUUCUAGCAGCAUCUUUUGUAGAGUGGGCACUGAUGAGGAGAAACACAAAGCUGACCUUCAGAAAGUCCGUUUGUGUCACCAAGAUGGAGAUCUGUUCACUCUACUCGCUGUUUAUAAGAAAUGGGAGGAUGGGCAUGAGAACAGGAAUAUGUGGUGUUGGCAGAACAGCAUCAAUGCCAAAACCAUGAGGAGGUGCCAGGAAACUAUAUCAGAACUUGAAAAUUGUCUAAAGCAUGAGUUGAAAAUUAUAAUCCCAAGUUAUUGGUGUUGGAAUCCUGAGGCUCCCAGCGAGCAUGAUAAGUUGCUAAAAAGAAUUAUCUUGUCAUCUCUUGCAGGUAAUCUUGCUAUGUUUUUAGGACAUGAAAGGUUUGGUUACCAGGUGAUUUCAACAGAUCAGAUUGUGAACCUUCAUCCCUCAUGCUCAUUGCUCAAUUAUGGUACCAAGCCAGAUUGGGUGGUCUUUUCAGAAAUCUUAUCCGUCCAAAUCAAUAUCUGGUAUGCGUAA